AUGGAAUCCACCGGAGUUGAUACAGGUGAAGCCCGAAAGAGUUUGUUCGAAUCAGCUCGAGAUAAUUUUCUGGGGUCCUUGAGUGAAACUGAUAAACUUCUAUUCUCACCAUGCGCAACGUCCACCGACUUCCUGGAUGGACUCCAGAAGUUAGAGAAGACAACAGAACACUUCGGGCGCGUUGGCAAAAAGAUCCGAUAUGUGCGGUCGUUCACUGAACAUCUGAAGCCAUACUUCGAAGUAGUGAACAUAUUCAUUCAAUCCAAUCCUGAGUUCUCUGCCAUAUUUUGGGGAGCUUUCCGGCUUGUUCUUCAGCUGUCGAGUAAUCUGUCCAGCUUCUUUGAAAAGUUGCUCGGUCUUAUAUCUCAAUUGUUAGAUGUAUUCCCCCGAUAUGAAGACGUCGCGAAACUCUGUGACGAUGAAAACUCGGACAGGCUCCGGAGAAAUAUCGAGGAGGUGUACGGUGAUAUGUUGGAGAUAUUGAAGGCUGCCGUCAAAAUCUUCACAAAGUCGACAGGAAGGAGCUUGCUGUGGCAACCAUUUGACGUGAAGUUCAAGAAACUACUAGACAAAAUGGCGACCCACAAGGAAAACAUUGCUCAAGAAGUUAGAAUAUGGAGGCUUCGGAAAGAGAAGAAUGAGCGUAAUAUCGCGGCAACGUGGAGAAAUUACGUCCAAAAAGAACAUGCUAAGUCUGAGCAAGAACGAAACCUUGCGCGAGAGGAAAGGCGCCUUAUGGCCGAAGAGAGGAAGCUUAUGGAGAAGAAGCAAAUACAGGAUGCCGCAGCUCAAAAGGAAAUCGUGUCUCUAUUGCUAGAAAUAAAAGAGGAGAAGGAACGAUUAGAAGCUGAGCGCCUAGAAAGUAUGGCUUUCAAGAUUCGAGAAUGGCUACAACCUGUCGAUUACUUUGACGCGAGGCAGACUAAUGCGAGGGCGCGGGAAAGAUACGAAUCUACUGCAACCUGGAUCUUUGACCACCCUCAAUAUAGGUCUUGGGUACAAUCAAAUAAAGAUUCGUGCCCGGAUGGCAACGUUAGGCUGUUUGGACCGAAUACUCUGUGGCUUCAUGGCCACCCAGGAUCAGGGAAAACAGUGUUAGCUACCUCAAUUAUCGACGAAUUAGAGAAUUACGAAAACGGCUACGAGAACCAAGGCGAAGAUGUUUCUCCAACAGUCUUAUACCAUUUCUUUCAAUUCGACUCCCAAUUUACUAGGCCGCCAACCGCUGCAUACAAGUCUCUUUUGGCUCAAUACCUUUGGAGACAUAGAAACAAUAAAGACGUGGUCGAUAAAUUUGCGUUCAUCAUGAGAAUAGGAUCUCAGGGACAAAUAGGAGCCUCCGAAAAGGCCUUACUUGACCUUCUCGAGAUUUGUCUAAACAAGGGGGUGUUCAUCAUCCUAGAUGGCGUUGAUGAAUGUGAAGAUAGCGAUUCUUUCACGAAAUCUUUGUUAAGGUUAUCUAUGGCUUGUAACCACAAGACUCUCUUGCUCAGCAGGAUAAAUAUGACACAUUUACAAAGAUCCGUUCGAUCGGAAUCCAAGUUACUCCUUACGAAAGAAGAUACGUCACAGGACAUACAUCGCUUUUGCCAAUAUGGACUUGAUGACAUGAUUGUGGAUGAACUCUUACCAGAUUUGGCUUCCAAUGAAUUAGACAAACUCAACAGUCAUCUCUUGAAAGGAGCGGAUGGAAUGUUCCUAUGGGCAAAACUAAUAGUCGAGAUUACCACUGAAAUCCAGUUCCCGGAGGGCCUCGAGGAUAUGUAUGACCGUAUAUUUUCUGAGAUUACCCAAUCUGGAGAAGCUGUCGUCAAAUUUACUACCACUGUCUUUAUAUGGCUAUCUAAUCAGGCAGCUUUAAUAACGACAUACCAAAUCUGUCAAGCAUUUUCGGUCAAUGGGUUAUGGAUGAGAGGCGGCGAUGUCGAAGACAUCAAAGAAUUCGAAACUGCGGUACUUAUGGCCUGCGGAGGACUCGUAGAGAUCGUCCCCAUCACGUCGACCGGACGGGUGCUGAAGUUUGUCCACCUCACAGCACGUGAAGCCUUGGCUAGUUCUAAAAUCGGUGAUACCUCGCGCAGUCCAUCCAUCUCAAAUCUGGAACUUGGAAGAUCUUGUUUGCGACAAUUAAUUCAUCACAAAUCUCAAGGGCCGCUAUCUGGGAAAGUUCACCAAAGCAUAUCCAGCGCACGACUAGCUAGUAGCUUUCCAUUCACAGACUAUGCAGCUCUACAUUGGAUGGAACACCUGAAGGCAUCGAUAUCAUCUGAAAGUGACGGUGGCGCGUGGUUGGAAAAGGUAUAUAAGGAUGUCUUUGAGGACUUUGCCAAGGACCUUCAAUUGUUCUUCGAAAGCCCUAGGGCGGUCACCGCGUGGCUUGAGGCAUAUUACACAGCGCAGAAAGACAUUUCCCCACGAGGGAAAAUCGUCCACUGUUGGGCAGAUUGGGCAUCCGAGGCAAGCCAACGAAGCGCUAUCAAUAUUAAAGGGGAUGUUCUCAGAUUAGCACUCGAAUUCUGCUCGGAUCUUGAUCGAAUAGCUGAGGUAUGGAAUGAACAGUUGACACAUUCUCCACAUAUUAUAUGGGACGAAGUAACAGCAGAUGGAUGGACGCCAAGCCGAUUAUUUUUCUCUCCAGGGGGCACCCGCGUCAAAUCGCGAGCUCCGGAAAAGCCGCAACUAGAAGGCAUCGCAGAUGUGCCAUUCAUGUCUGUAUCUGCGGUGUGUAAGGACGGCUCUGCACUCGGGGUGCUAAGUAUAUGGUCAUUCAAUCGUGAAAAUUUUGUUGAGCGCCACGUCCAAGAAAUCCACAGGGAUUAUAAGAACAUGCCAAAGAGUUUCCCUCAAAUCUGGGUGGCAUUCCCCGAUUGCCUGGUUUUCUCGGUUGCGUACCAGAUAUGGAUGCUACGGCCUCCUCGGCCCCCUGAGGCUAUGAACUUGGCCGAGCUCGAAUGGCCUGCAAAUAUUUCUUAUGAGGCGGCUACGAUCGAAACCAAGCCACUUGGUUUCGCAAAGACUGAUAAUGAAUCCGGCCAAACCCACAUUGUUCAAGUCACGUUUAGCCCCACUGGUCAAUAUAUCACGUUAACUGAAACUAACCUGAUAAGUUUGGAGAUGAGGAUGUCAAGCUUUGAGAUUAUGAGCUUCCCAAUGAUGGCAGUUAAGCCACUCAAUGUGCUAGAAUCUGUCUAG